AUGUUAAAUCAACUAAACAGACUAAUAAAAAGAAAAAAGCCUUUAAUUAUACAAAUAAAAUUAUUUUUUGUAUUUAUUUUAAUUAAUUUAAUUCCAAAUUUAUUUUUUUGUAUUCCAAUAGAUAAUGGAUUAAUUGAUUCUGAAUUAGUUAAAGAAUGUGGACAAAACAGUACAGUAGAUGUUGUAUUGUUAUUAGAUGGAUCUGGCUCAGUUGGGGAUUCAACAUUUAGAUUACAAACACAAUUUGCUAGACAAUUAGCCCAAUUAUUAAAUAUAUCUGUUAGCGGUUCUCAUUUGGCUAUUAUUCAAUUUUCUGAACAACCACAACUGGAAAUUGCGUUAAAUCAAUAUACUAAUUUACAACAAUUAGAAGUAGCGUUGCAAAAAAUUAAAUUUAUUGGGGGCGCUACAAAUACAGGCCAAGCAUUACAGUUUACAUUAGAUACUGCUUUUCAAGGAGCUAGAGGGGGUUCGGUGCCUAAAGUAGUUAUUGUAUUAACUGAUGGACAAUCACAAGAUGAAGUAGCUGAGGCAGCUCAACGAUUGAGGGAUGCCCACGUCCUUGUCUAUGCCAUAGGAGUUAGUAACCUCGUAAACGUCCAACAAUUACACCAAAUGACAGGAAAUGUGCUUAGAGUAUUUACAGUGGAAUCAUUCGACCAAUUAGACAGAGCUUUAGCUGAUGCAUUGACUUGGGAAAUGUGCCGGACAGAUUUUAGACCUGGAACCCCCGAUAUAAUUUGUGCUUCAGACAAAAUAGGUGUUAGAGCAUCUACUAAAAAGCCUUUUGAAGGAUAUGUGUUUGUUCAGAAUCAUUUUAAUCAGCCAGAAUGCCGUGCUGGACCUGAAAAUUUUCCUGAUUCUAGAAGUAUUGGAAUAACAGUUCCUUUUACCAAUUGUGAUGUCCACAGAUAUAGAUCGGUUAGAAAUUGA